GCCGGUAACGUGUUGAGACAGGAUAGCACAUACCAUGGCCUUUGAUAUACCAGGCAUGAUCCACUGGCAGGAAUGUGGGCCCAGCGACGGAGAUCGAUCCCAGACCAACCAUUCAUCAGGCGAGCACUUUACCAUUGUACUGAGUACGAGUUGUGUUAGUGAGAGUAUUAUUGGCUUUAGUUACAUCAUGCCAACUGUCUUGAAACACACUACAGUAUGAAAAACAUUGGACUCCACAACAAGCUUUCUUUGACAAUGUUACUCUGAUCAAGGUGGCGAUACACUGAGCUUCGAAUACACCAAUAUCAGAAGUUGGCUUGAUAAUGAGCUGUUUUUGUUUAUCAAAGGAGAUGUACUUCUAACUAAUAUUCAUACCUUGGACACUGAACUUCACAUAGCCAUUCUAUGACAAGCUGUUUUUCAGAUAUAUAUUGAUAGCUAAAGAACUAACAUGUAUACAUUCUUUGUACAAUUUCACUCUAUAUGAUUCUUAUGUUGUAAUGACAUCAAGAUAAAUGUGGAAAUAACUAUAAAGAACUAACAUCUAUACCGUUUGUAUCACGCAACCACAAUGAGAAGUGCCAUUAUGUCUUUACUGUUAAGGAGAAACCUUUAUCUAAGAAUUACACCAUUAUGCCACUGUGUCUCAACAUCUCCUGAAGGUAAUUUAAAAGCCGGAGAAUACAUCGUCACCAGUAACCCUCAUGAGCCUCUUGCCACAGAUGUCAUUGAUGUCCGAACACAAGCUGAAUUUCUUGAGGAUCACAUUCCUGGCGCCAUCAAUAUGCCUGUACUUGACAAUAAGCAGAGACAUGAUGUUGGGAAACUGUACAAUGAGUUGCCAUUUGAAGCUCGCAAGACUGGAGCACAGAUCAUAUCCCACAACAUUGGUCAUCAUAUAGAACAGUACUUUCAGAACAAAGGUCAGGAGUAUUGUCCCCUAAUUUAUUGCUGGCGUGGAGGUCAGAGGUCAAGGAGUUUGGCCAUUGUCUUAUCUCAGAUCGGUUUUAAGGUAUACAUGUUGCAUGGUGGGUACAAAACGUACAGGAGAAAGGUGAUUCAAGAUCUUGAGGAAUUACCACAGCAGUUUGACUUCAGAAUUAUUUCAGGACUGACAGGAACUGGUAAGACUCUGAUUCUGCACCGACUGCAGGAGCUGGGAGAGCAGGUGCUGGACCUGGAGUCGGCCGCCCACCACAAGGGUUCUCUCCUCGGUCUGUGGCACGGGCAGCAGCAGCCGUCACAGAAGUACUGGGAGUCUGUCAUCAGGAGAGAGCUGUCACAGUUCGACACCAGUAAACCGGUGUGGGUGGAGUCAGAGAGCAGACGCAUCGGCAACUGUGUAAUUCCUACAGAACUGUUUGAAAAACUCUGCCAUUCACCGAGGAGUGAGAUAAACCUGUCUGUAGGGGAGAGAGUGAAGCACAUCAUCAGAGACUAUCCAAAUUGGAUAGAUGAUGUAGACAGUCUGUGUCAGAUUGUGUGGGCACUUAGGGUACAUGUGGGGGAGAAAAAGGCACAGUUUUGGUGUGAUCUGGCAAGACAGCAGAGGUGGGACGAGUUUGUUGAAUACAUCUUGGUCGAGCACUAUGACAAAUCAUACAGCAUGUCUCAGAAGAAAAAUCGGAAACACCAGACAUUCGACAAACACUUUUUAGCAGACCUUUCUGAUGAAUCAAUUAAUGAGUUAAUGGACAACCUCCUCAAAAAAUGACAUAUAGUUUUUAAAAAUGUUACAGAGAUGGGUUAAGUUUGUAAAACAAAGAAAAAACCCACCAGACUUUUUAACAGAUCUUUCUCACAAAUCAAUGAAUGGCUUAAAGGUGCUAUCUAAAAGUUGCAUAAUGUGUCUUCCUGGGCAAUUUGUAAAAAUCACUUUCUAUGCAAAUAGGUGGGGUAGAUUCUAUUUAUGUCUCUGUAUGCACCUACUUAUCCAAUUACUAAAGUGUAUUAUGGAUUACAUAUGCCCAUAUAGAAUCACUAAAUCAUUUAAUUUACUAGUAAAAACAAAAAUCUGUUAAAAACUCUUUAGUGGCUAACUGAUGGAAUGGGGUGUGUUCAGUUGAGGCGAACCCUCUGUGAUGUUACGCCAGGAUUUUUAAAAGACAAAUGUGCUGUCUUUUGUUCAACUCAUCGGUCUCUGACAGCCCUAUCCAAUCAAUUUGCCAGAUUCUGUGCAUUCACUGAUUUCUUAAGAUUUGGUAUGAUGUGAUGUGAUAUAAUAUUACAAUUUCAAUAUUCCUGAGUUAUUUAUGCAAAGAUUAUGCAUGGGAUUGAUUUCUAGUUAUUCAUAAAUAAAUGCAAUAAUAGUAAAAUACAGCAUUUGUAUCAAUGAAUCGUGAUACAGCAUCUUUAAGAGACAAACUUAAAAAGUGGAAUAUUCAAUUUUAAAUCUGAAGUGCCUAACACUUUAUUAUAACAGACUAUUGUGGCAAAUGAAGAAUUUUUUUAUUUGAUAACUUAAGUGUUACUGUUAAGUUUUGAGUUUUGUGGUAUUAUGUAUGAACAUUUUACAACAUUGUGAUAAAGAGUGUGCUAUAUCA